AUCGUAAACAUUUAUGAAAACUAAAAUUAGCUUUUAUGUCUAGGUUAGGCAUACUUUUAGCAGUGUGGUUAGGUUUCACAUCAGAUUUUAAGGCGAUACAUUGUAGAAAUAAGCGACGUUUAGACGUAAUUGUGACUUUGUGGUUGUGGUAACUAGUGACGGGUCGCAGAUAUAUAUUUUGGAUCGUACGUGUAUUGUGCUGUGUGACUUUCAACAGCUGAAGGGAACAGUCGACGAACAUUUUUGUUACGCUUUCAUGGCAUAAUAACGUCGCAUCUUAUUUAAAACCUUUUAACAUGAACUUCAUCAGAUCCUACAAUGCCAUUGGCACGCCCAUAUGUCAAUGGUACAGACAGGUGGGACAGAUGGUGGGUCGGAGCAGAGCUCUUGCUGAGCUGGGGGGACAGAGGUGGAUGUGCAGUAAACCUCAGACAGGAAACCCAGAGCCUCCGCCCGCAGCACCUGCAGUCCCAGCACAUGCUCCCCGUCCAGCCUUUAAACUCCCCGGCUACAGGCCCUCUCCCAUGGACCAGAGGAUCCUAGUCUGGUCUGGACGCUUCAAGACCCCCGACCAGAUCCCAGAGCUAGUGUCGUUUGAGAUGCUAGAUGCAGCCAGGAACAAGGUGAGAGUGAAAGCGUGUUACGGGAUGAUGAUUGCCACCAUCGCAGCCUGUCUGUUCACUGUCAUCCUGGGGAAGAGGGCUGCCGGCAGACAUGAGUCGCUAACAAGUCAGAACAUGGAGAAGAAGGCAAGAUGGAGGCAGGAGGCGAAGAUGGAGAAAGAGGAGGCUGCCCUGGCUGAGAAGACUCCAUGAGGAAGACACCCUGCCCUCCUGUGUGUCACACUGUAAGAGCUCCCCCACUGGGCCCUUCCUGUGUGUCACUGUAAGAGCUCCCCCACUGGGCCCUUCCUGUUUGUCACACUCAUAGAGAUAGAGGACUCCUCAUGGAUAAAACCCAUUUUAGCAUGGACAUUGCCAUUGAGGGCUUCCACCAUUUUAAAGUAGUCAACUGAGUGGGGAGAAAUGGUACUUAUUUAAAAUGGAGAUGGCCUCAACAGCACUGCCUGUGCUGUCACAGACGGUAUAAUGGCAGAGAAGAGUCCUCUAUCUCUAUGGUCACGCUAUAAGAACUCCCCUACUGGGCCAACGGUGGUUCUGCAGCUGCUGUCCCCAGAUCUCUAGUACCGUAGGACUGUUCAUCCAAUCAGGAAGCAGGAUUUCAGUACAGUUAAUAAGGUACAGUAGUUAUUCAGCCACUAGCAAUAUGAGCUGUGUCUGGUUCUUUGUUUUGUUAAGUUGUUUUCCUUUUGAAAUGAAUGUAUUAAAUAUCAGAAUGCCCCAUG